UUCUUCCAUAUUCCUUCCUUUUUAAUCUUCAUCUUUCCCCUUCCUUCUUAUUCUCUGUUAACUUUGUUGAUCUGUGCUUAAAUAUCCACAAGCAUCGUAUCCUUGGAUUUAGCUUUGUUUCUUCGACUGUGUGAGAGAGAGAGAUGGUGAAGGAUCGGAAGAUAGGGGUGGCGAUCGACUUCUCGAAGAGCAGCAAAUGUGCACUGCAAUGGGCUAUAGAUAACCUGUUGGACAAAGGGGAUACCCUCAUCGUCCUUCACAUCAAACAUGACCAAGGCGACGAGUCCCGCAACGCUCUCUGGUCUAAUACCGGUUCCCCUCUUAUUCCCUUAACAGAAUUCCGGGUGCCAGAGUUUAUGAAGAGGUACGAAGUUAAAACCGAUCCUGAGCUUUUGGAUAUGCUUGACACCGCUUCCAGGCAGAAGGAGGCGACCAUCGUAGCAAAGCUAUACUGGGGUGAUGCGAGGGAGAAGCUCUGCCAAGCUGCUGAAGAUCUGAAGCUGGACUCCAUUGUCAUGGGAAGCAGAGGACUUAGUGCCAUUCAGAGGAUAAUAUUGGGGAGUGUGACAAAUUACGUGAUUUCGAAUGCGACAUGCCCUGUGACAAUUGUGAAGGAUCAGCCCUGAUGCUGCCAUUGACUGCAUUCGAGGUUGGUGAUGGAUAGUAGGAUAGGUAGCUACUAUAAUGGAAAAUAAAGACAGUAUUUGGUGAUUUGUGUUCUGUUUCCUUUUUCCUCUGUUUGUCUUUGAGUCUUUACUUGGAACACUGAUCAAGGGAGAAAGCUUUUAUUGUAAUUUGUGCGUAAGUCCCUUGUUCUUGUUAUAAGAUAAUAGCAAUUAUGUUGGUUUUUAUGAAA